CAUGCGCAAGAGUGUGGAGCACACAUUUCAAACUGGACGGCGGGUAGUUGAACCCGGGACAGAAAACAAACAGAGGUUCAUUCUCAAGAAUUUCCCCCAACGUUGAAGAAGAUGACCAGCACACUGAAAGGGAUUACUCUCAAGGGGAGCGCCGAGCUGGUGGCCGACUUCUUCUCUUUUGGCAUCAACAGCAUCCUGUACCAGCGGGGCAUCUAUCCUCCAGAGACUUUCACCAGAGUCACCCACUACGACAUGAGCCUUCAACUCACCACUGAUCCCAAACUGAAGACCUACCUGACCAAUGUGGUGUCUCAACUCAAAGAGUGGCUGUUUGAGUGCUCCGUGCAGAAGUUUGUGUUGGUGAUCACGUGUCUGGAAACCAACGAGGUGCUGGAGAGAUGGCAGUUUGACAUCGAGUGUGACAAAUCAGCCAAGGAGAUCAGUGCUCCCAGAGAGAAGUCCAUUAAGACCAUCCAGGAUGAGAUCCGCUCGGUGAUCAGGCAGGUUACAGCCACAGUAACUUUCCUGCCGCUGCUGGAGACGCCGUGUGCAUUUGACCUCCUUGUCUACACAGACAAAGACCUGAUGGUUCCUGAGAAGUGGGAAGAGUCUGGUCCGCAGAUCAUCGACCAAUCGGAGGAGGUGCGUUUACGUUCGUUCACCACCUCUAUCCACAAGGUGAACAGCAUGGUGGCGUACAAGAGGACCGACUCCGCUUAGACCUCUAAACCACAGUGCCCCCUCCUCCUUAUGAGCUGUAUAUACCAUAGAGAAUAGUAGUCUACAGUGCCCUGUCCUACCGUGCUGUCUAGGUAUUCCAGUGUUCUGAUCUUCACUUAGUUUCACUUGACAGCACCCAGCUCUGUCUACACUGAUGUAAAUAGUUCUUUCAUUAGCUGUCUGUAAGAAACCACUGUGUCUUGUCCUUGGUAGUGCCUUCCCUUUCUCCCAGAUGGUCAACGUCGGUUUUAGAAGCUAGUGCUUUAUAUGUUAAUCUUUUUUAACAUGUCAUGAAUAAACGUCUUUCACAAAGG